AUGGUUGAAUGGUGUGCAGUUGUUUACGAUAAGCCUGGUUCCGACAGAUCCCAGUUUAGACCAGAGCACUUGGCGAACAUCCCUAAGUUGGUCCAGCAAGGAAAAUUGGUUUGUGCUGGUGCAAUCUACAACGAACCUACCACACCAGGUGGGGACCGUACCUUUGCAGGAUCGCAUUUGCAAAUUGUGGCAGACACAAAGGAGGAGGCUUUAGAAGUGAUCCAUGGAGAUGUUUUUGCCAAAGAGGGUAUUUGGGACUUGAGUAACAUUAUCCUAUACCAAUUUGGAUGCGCUGUCCGUGAACCAAAGAAAUAA